CACAUUGUGACUGGUGCUCCUCCGCCUGCUGGGGAUCGAAACAGCUUCAAGACCCAGCCCACGCUCGGCCGGGUGGUGGAGUUGGCCGACGAGCACAGGGAGACGAUGGAGGCGCGCGGACAGAAGACCGCGGAGGGGCCGUCCCACGUGGAAUUCCUGUCGGGCGCCCUGCUGGACAGCGCUGAGGUGUGGUUUCCUCCUUCGGGCGCGCGUCGCCGGCUCCGCGGCAAGCAGGCGCGGCCUCUCCUGGACGGCGACGCGGCCGACGCUCUGGCGGCGGCCCUGACGGGUACGCCCACGCCGCCGCCAGAGGGUCACGCGCGGGUGCUGGCUGAGCCCAUCGUCGGGCACGACGUCGGCGCAGUCGCGGACGCCUCGAAGGAGACCUUGAUCGGAGAGGCAGUCGAUGCCCUGUGGUUCCGGCGCGGCCGGGCUUUGCGGGUGGAGCAGAUCGCGGAGUUCGAGGUGGCCGACUGGGCGGCGCGGCGCCUUGCCGAGCUGAGCCGCCUCCUGGAGGCGUCGCUUCCCGCGGCUGCUCUCGGCGACGGAUCCCUGGCCUUCGGCGACGGGCCCGUUCCGAACGGCGGAGGGGCCGCCGACGUGAGAGCCGGUGCUGCCGAGGCCGCCCCGAUGGCCGCGAAGCUCGAUGACUCGGGCGGCGACGACACCCGCACCCUCUGGGUCGAACGGGGCGACCAGGGUGACCGCUUCAAGGAGUUCAGGAAGGCCGUCAGCGAGUCGGUGAGCUACGUCUGGGGCCACCAGCGACUGGAGGGAGGCUUGACGCGCCUCCGCACUUGCAAGAUGAUGCGCCGCACCUCGGGCUCGCCGCGGGCUUGGCUGGAGAAGUUCCUGAGGGGGAAGAACUUCGCGCCGACCGACCGCGUGGCCCGCGAGCUUCGGCCCUUGGUUGAGGCGCUCGAGGAGGCAGGAUGCAUUGACCAGGUGUACCUGGGCGGUCUCGCCUGCCUCGAGGUGAUCGCGCGCCGCCUCGGCGCGAUCGUCGACGCCUGCAAGCGCGGCGGUGCUCCUUCUGUCGCCAACGCCAAGUACCUUUUCGCCGCUGGGCGACGCGGGCGAGCUGCCAGCGCUGGCGCUAAG